UUUUUCCUGUUUGACAAACAACUCUUUUUUCUUCCUCCCGCAAUACCCCUUCAGUGCCUCAAUUUGAGCCUGUCCUUUUUUUUCUUUUACACCAUCGAGAUUCUCAAGCUUUCCGUUGAUACCCACCGCAAUCAUGUCUGAGACCUUCGAGUUCCAGGCUGAGAUCUCUCAGCUUCUCUCCCUCAUCAUCAACACCGUCUACUCCAACAAGGAGAUCUUCCUGCGAGAACUUGUCUCCAACGCCUCCGAUGCCUUGGACAAGAUUCGCUACAAGUCGCUAUCCGACCCCAGCCAGCUCGACUCUGGCAAGGACCUGCGCAUUGACAUCAUCCCCAACAAGGAGGCCAAGACCCUCACCAUCCGUGAUACCGGUAUUGGUAUGACCAAGGCUGACCUUGUCAACAACCUGGGUACCAUUGCCCGCUCCGGUACCAAGCAGUUCAUGGAGGCCCUGACUGCUGGUGCCGAUGUUUCCAUGAUUGGUCAGUUCGGUGUUGGUUUCUACUCCGCCUACCUGGUCGCCGACCGUGUCAGCGUCGUCUCCAAGCACAACGAUGACGAGCAGUACAUCUGGGAGUCCAGCGCCGGUGGCACCUUCAACAUCAUCGCCGACACCGAGGGCGAGCAGCUCGGCCGUGGUACCGCCAUUGUCCUCCACCUCAAGGACGAGCAGGCUGACUACCUGAACGAGAGCCGCAUCAAGGAGGUCAUCAAGAAGCACUCCGAGUUCAUCAGCUACCCCAUCUACCUCCACGUCACCAAGGAGACCGAGAAGGAGGUCCCCGAUGAGGAUGCUGCUGAGGUCGAGGAGGUCAAGGAGGAGGACGAUGACAAGAAGCCCAAGAUCGAGGAGGUCGAUGAUGAGGAGGAGGACAAGGAGAAGAAGCCCAAGACCAAGAAGAUCAAGGAGACCAGCAUCGAGGAGGAGGAGCUCAACAAGCAGAAGCCCAUCUGGACUCGCAACCCCCAGGACAUCACCCAGGAGGAGUAUGCUUCCUUCUACAAGUCUCUCUCCAACGACUGGGAAGACCACCUUGGUGUCAAGCACUUCUCCGUCGAGGGUCAGCUCGAGUUCCGUGCCAUCCUCUACGUCCCCAAGCGUGCUCCAUUUGACCUGUUCGAGACCAAGAAGACCAAGAACAACAUCAAGCUGUACGUCCGCCGUGUCUUCAUCACCGAUGACGCCACCGAGCUCAUUCCCGAGUGGCUGGGCUUCAUCAAGGGUGUUGUCGACUCUGAGGAUCUUCCCCUCAACCUGUCUCGUGAGACCCUCCAGCAGAACAAGAUCAUGAAGGUCAUCAAGAAGAACAUUGUCAAGAAGGCUCUGGAGCUCUUCCAGGAGAUUGCCGAGGACAAGGAGCAGUUUGACAAGUUCUACAGCGCCUUCUCCAAGAACCUCAAGCUGGGUAUCCACGAGGACUCCCAGAACCGUGGCAUCCUGGCCAAGCUCCUCCGCUUCAACUCCACCAAGUCUGGCGAUGAGCUCACCUCCCUCACCGACUACGUCACUCGCAUGCCCGAGCACCAGAAGAACAUUUACUACAUCACUGGCGAGUCCCUCAAGGCCGUCCAGAAGUCUCCUUUCCUUGAUGCCCUCAAGGCCAAGGGCUUCGAGGUUCUCUUCCUUGUCGACCCCAUUGAUGAGUACGCCAUGACUCAGCUCAAGGAGUUUGAGGACAAGAAGCUCGUGGACAUCACCAAGGACUUUGAGCUCGAGGAGACUGAGGAGGAGAAGAAGGCCCGUGAGGAGGAGGAGAAGGAGUUUGAGAACGUUGCCAAGGCUCUCAAGAACGUUCUCGGCGACAAGGUCGAGAAGGUUGUCGUCAGCGACAAGCUCGGCCUCUCCCCCUGCGCCAUCCGUACCGGCCAGUUCGGUUGGUCUGCCAACAUGGAGCGUAUCAUGAAGGCCCAGGCCCUCCGUGACACCUCCAUGUCCAGCUACAUGUCUUCCAAGAAGACCUUUGAGAUCUCUCCCAAGUCUCCCAUCAUCCAGGAGCUCAAGAAGAAGGUUGAGAACGACGGCGAGAACGACCGCACCGUCAAGUCCAUUGUCCAGCUUCUGUUUGAGACCUCUCUGCUCGUCUCUGGCUUCACCAUUGAUGAGCCCGCUGGCUUCGCUGAGCGCAUCCACAAGCUUGUCCAGCUCGGCCUGAACAUUGAGGAGGAUGACUCCGCCCCUGCUGAGGCCGCUCCCGCCGAGGAGACCCCUGCCGUCGAGACUGGUGACAGCGCCAUGGAGGAGGUCGACUAAGCGGUGUUUUGUCAUGGAUCAAGAAUUCGGGAUACAGGGACAAAAAGUUUGAUUUAUCAUCAUGGAGUUGAAUGGUUUUAGAGCAAAUAUGGUCUGGACGUGGUUUUUAUUUUAUUUUCCUUUGUCUACUAUUUUAGGAGGUCCUAGGUUUAACGGGCCCAGAGUUGCGUUUAUCCUAUGAACCCCUUGAUAUCCCCUCCAAGAGAGGCGAGGGACGGAGUAACUUAACAUCUCUACGAGAAACGAAUAAAUGGAAUGCAAUCAUACAUGUCUUUUAGUGAUGCAAUGUGUUUAGACUUAUCUGGUGACGUAGUUGAAAGGUUUAUUGUCGAUUUAGUUUAUACAUGCAAUACAUACCAUACAACCGUAUAGAUGCUCAAUAUCAAGAUGUAAAGUGAAAGCUCUCAUG